GAGUGGAAGAGGGAGGAUAGUUUCCAGUGCAAUGGAGGUACAGAGUGUGCAAGCUAUUGCCUUCUCAUCUCUCACCACCAACACCAUCCCUGCUGAAUUCAUCAGGCCAGAGAAGGAACAGCCUGCUCUCACCACAUUCCGCGGCCCGGCCCCGGAGAUCCCAACCGUCGAUCUCUGCGACCCAGAUCAGGGGAACCUGGUCCGUUUGAUCGCAAAUGCUAGUAAAGAGUGGGGGAUAUUCCAGGUUGUCAACCACGGGAUACCUUCUGAUGUCAUCAGCAACUUGCAGGCUGUCGGAAAACAGUUCUUCGAACUCCCGCAGGAAGAAAAAGAAGCAUACGCCAAGCCCUGCGGCGCCCAGAGCGUGGAAGGCUACGGAAACAAACUCCAGAAAGAUCCCGACGGAAAAAAAGCUUGGGUGGAUCACCUUUUCCAUAGGACUUGGCCACCUUCGGUGGUCAACUACCGUUUCUGGCCCAAGAACCCUCCUUCUUACAGAGAGGCGAACGAAGUGUACGCAAAUUACGUACGUGAGGUGGCGGAUAAACUGUUCACAUGCCUCUCGCUGGGGUUAGGGCUGCGAGGAGAUGCACUAAAAGAAGCAGGCGGCGGGGAGGAGAUGGUAUUCAUGAUGAAAAUAAAUUAUUACCCACCAUGUCCUCAGCCUGAUCUAACGCUUGGAGUGGUGGCCCACACAGAUUUUUCCGCCCUUACCCUUCUUGUGCCUAAUGAGGUCCCCGGACUCCAGGUUCUCAAGGAUAACCGUUGGAUCGAUGCCAAGUACAUCCCUAAUGCCCUCAUCGUCCAUAUUGGUGACCAGAUUGAG